CCGCGCGGGGCCAAGUCCUUCCUCCCAGGGCGCUCGGUGAAGGUGGGAGGCGGGGGCCACGUCACUGUCCCCAGGCCCUGGAGAGCGCGGCUCCGCCCCUCCCGCCCCCGCCGGAGCGCGGGGCACUUAGCUAAGACGCACCGGCCCCAGCCCAGGACCAGCCCAGUCGCCGCCGCCCGCCCACAGAUCCACAGGCAGGUGCAGGCGCAGCUGCGGCGCGAGCGUGUGGAGCAGAGCCGUUAGCGCGCGCCGUCCGUGAGUCCGUCCCUCCGUCCGCCCGCCAGUCCGUCCGUCCGUCCGUCGGUCGGUCGGGGCGCCGCAGCUCCCGCCCAGGCCCAGCGGCCCCGGCCCCUCGACUCCCCGCACCCGGAGCCACCCGGUGGAGCGGGCUUUGCCGCGGCAGCCAUGUCCAUGGGCCUGGAGAUCACUGGCACCGCGCUGGCGGUGCUGGGCUGGCUGGGCACCAUCGUGUGCUGCGCGCUGCCCAUGUGGCGCGUAACGGCCUUCAUCGGCAGCAACAUCAUCACGUCGCAGACCAUCUGGGAGGGCCUGUGGAUGAACUGCGUGGUGCAGAGCACCGGCCAGAUGCAGUGCAAGGUGUACGACUCGCUGCUGGCGUUGCCGCAGGACCUGCAGGCGGCCCGCGCCCUCAUCGUGGUGGCCAUCCUGCUGGCCGCCUUCGGGCUGCUCGUGGCGCUGGUGGGCGCCCAGUGCACCAACUGCGUGCAGGACGACACGGCCAAGGCCAAGAUCACCAUCGUGGCGGGCGUGCUGUUCCUGCUGGCUGCCCUGCUCACCCUCGUGCCGGUGUCCUGGUCGGCCAACACCAUUAUCCGGGACUUCUACAACCCCCUGGUGCCCGAGGCGCAGAAGCGCGAGAUGGGUGCGGGCCUGUACGUGGGCUGGGCGGCCGCGGCGCUGCAGUUGCUGGGGGGCGCGCUGCUCUGCUGCUCGUGCCCCCCGCGUGAGAAGAAAUACACGCCCACCAAGGUGGUCUACUCCGGGCCCCGCUCCUCUGGCCCAGGACCCAGCAUGGGCACAGCCUACGACCGCAAGGACUACGUCUAAGGGACAGACGCAGGGAGACCUCCACCACCUCCACCGCGAGCUGGACCGUGCGUCAGGCUGCCCAGCGCGCAGCUUUGCCUCGGAGGCCAGCCCACCCCCAGAUUCCAGGAAGCCCCCGCGCUGGACUGGGAGGGGUCGGCUCCAGGCCCCCCUACCCCGCAGCCAUCCCUUUGCGGGCCGGGGAGUUGACUUCGGGGCCCAGGGACCAAGCCCCAUGGACUGUGAAACCUCACUCCUCUGGAGCACGGGGCUGGGGUGCCCGCCGAUACCUGUCCGCCCCGUCGAGCCCCAUCGGCCGCUGCCCUCAAUGCUCGCGCUGGGCAGGGACCGGCAGCUACGAAAGGGGGCACUUGAUGUUUUUCAAUAAAAGCCUUUUCGUUUUGCACUC